UUCAGGUGCUGGACUCGCAGUACGGCAUGUACGUGUGGCCCUGCGCCGUGGUCCUGGCCCAGUACCUCUGGACGCACCGGGGAAGUCUGCCCGGCAAGCGAGUGCUGGAGAUCGGUGCGGGAGUGAGCCUCCCCGGGGUGCUGGCAGCCAAGUGUGGUGCUGACGUGACCCUGUCCGACAGCGAGGAGCUGCCCCAGUGCCUGCAGAACUGCCGGAGGAGCUGCCUGCUGAACCGCCUGCCCCACGUACCUGUCAUAGGACUCACCUGGGGGCAGCUGUCUCCAGAGCUGCUUGCUCUUCCACCUGUAGACAUUAUUUUAGGAUCUGACGUCUUUUUUGACCCCAAAGAUUUUGAAGAUAUUAUAACAACUAUUUACUUCUUACUGGAGAAGAAUCCACAGGCUCAAUUCUGGACUACUUACCAAGUGCGAAGUGCUGACUGGUCUAUUGAAGAUCUGCUCUGCAAGUGGAAGUUGAAAAGCACCCCAAUUCCCUUAAACUCCUUCGGUGCAGACAAGGAACACUUGGCCAGUUCCUCUCUACCAGGAAGACACACAAUUGAAAUGAUGAUCAUCUCACUAGCACAACCAGAUGGUACUUGACUUUAUUCUCCUUAUUG